UGUGUGUGCAUUGAGGGGAAGAAAAAAGGACCUAAAUGAUUUUAGCAAAUGGCUGCAAUAUAACAGAGUGAAAAAUGUAAGGGGGUUUCUUUCCGUACCUACUGUAUGUAAUAGAUGCUAUGCAACAAAUGGGCUGUAAAAAGUGUUUCAAAAUGUAGAGAAUAGAAGUCAAGGAGGAUUUGGACUUUUUGGAGGCUGUGCUGAUGAACAGAACCAGGGGCAUUAGGCCAGAAUCAACUUUGAUCUUGAGCUGCUGUAAAACAGAUGAGUUUCCUGCAACCUCCUGCCUCAGUACUAUAGGUUCAUAACUAUAAUCUAUAGAUGCUUUUAUGCUUCCAUGCAUAUGUCAGACAAGGCCGUGAAUAUGCAAAUAAAAGAAACAAUGAGCAACUCUAAAUUCCUCAGAGCAUUGAUACAUUAUUUAAAUUGCAUGCACAACAGUAGCCUUGCAUUUAAUGCUUGUUGUAGCAAGAUUGCAACUCUCUUGAUGAUUGUUAUUGUUAAAAGUAGCGAUGCAUUUUGCAUUCUUAAACAAUUAUCUGUGUUACUAUUUUCAUGUGUGCAGGCCAGUAAACUUUGUUGGUUUGUCAUCAAGUAAUUUCAGUAGAAGCAGUUUUGCGUGCCUGUGGUUUGACACGUCUCCAUAUGAGCGAUUUUGAGAUCUUGUGUCACUGUGGUUCGGCUAGCUUAUUAAAACCAGAUUUGAUGUCUAAGGUGACACCUUUACAUUUGGAAUGUUUUGUAUUCCGAUAUCAGAAAGCCUGGUAAUAUAUACCUCUAUGUGGCGCAUGCAUCAGUUGGUUAUUUUAUGACUUGCAUUGUUCGGUUUCUACCACUAAAGGCUUGUUACAAGGUUUGUGUAUUGCAAAAUGAAUACUGAACAAAUCCUUAAAACCUCUUAGAUUUAUUGGUGCUUUUGCUUAUUUGGUGUGUCUGAUGCCUCUGCAUAAUUAAACCUUUUGAAGCCUUUUGAGGGUGCAUGGGUGAGCAGAAAUCUUUUUUUAUGCGUUUCAUGCAGCGCAGACACCAGAAGACAGUCGUACUCGCUCAUCAGCAGAAUUAAUUCUUGAAGAACAUGUCACAGGGAAGUUGAAAUCUUCAUUUUGUUAAAAGGAGCCUCCCUGUUUUCUCGUUUGCUUCAUUGCAUUAAACUCUGCCAUAUGGAAUGCGUAUUGUGCUGGCACGAGUUUUGCAUUUGCAGCGUCAUAAGUUGUAGCUUCCUUUUAAAACUCGAAAUCAAUUGAAAUACGGUGUUUUACGGGAUAAGCAGAUGCAUGUGUGUGUGGGCAACAGCCUGGCAUUGAAAGCACUAUUCUCAGACAAGCGUCUGUGUGCAGUGAUUCAUCCUCCGCUUCUUCACUGAAAGUAGGUUGACCGCCUCGGAUGGAAUUUUUCUUGGCAGUUUUCCCUAAAGUUAACCUCCUUCCCCCUUCUCACGUGUCCCGGCUUUCUGCUGUUUAAAGUCUAUUCAAAAUUUGUGGUAAUGCAUGCAGUGUCUUUGCCUCGACCUCAGACAGGCUAUGCACUUCUGUUGCAAUGGGUGGUCAAUAAAGAAUGUCCCAUUACACAGAUGAGCCUCGUUUUACCAUUGAGCAGAUCGACUUGCUGCAGCGGCUACGUCGGAGCGGCAUGACAAAGCAAGAGAUCUUGAACGCGCUGGACACCCUCGACCGGCUGGACCGCGAGCACGUGGAGAAGUUCGGCCACCGGCACGCCCACGGCGGAAAUGGGGCAGCCGGCAUCAAUCACGGCAACACCACCACCUCUUCAAACUCCUGCACUACCUCCUCUAACAACCUCACAGCCUCUUCUUCAACGACAUCUACAGCCACGCAGACGGGGUACCGUGGCAAUGGCCUCUCUCCAUCCCCUAGCAACAUCUAUGACACCUCCCCGCCCCCGACUGUCCCCACCCCCAUGCCAGUAGUAGCACCCAUGGUCCAAAAUGGACGGGACAGCCUCGCCUCUAUGCCCAAUGGUAAGCUCUCCCCGCCCCGCUUCGCCGUUAGCAACACCUCCUCGCGGGCCUUCGCUUUCGAGCACCCAGAUGAGGACGUGGACAUUGAUGAUAAAGUCGAGGAGCUCAUGAGAAUGGACAGUGCUAUAAUUAAAGAAGAGAUUAAAGCCUUCUUGGGGAACCGGCGAAUAUCACAGGCAGUAGUUGCCCAAGUUACAGGUAUCAGUCAGAGCCGGAUCUCUCAUUGGCUGCUCCAGCAGGGCUCAGACCUCAGCGAGCAGAAGAAAAGAGCUUUCUACCGCUGGUACCAACUAGAGAAAACUACACCUGGUGCGACUCUAGCGAUGCGGCCCACCCCGAUGGCCCUGGAGGACAUUGUGGAGUGGCGUCAAACCCCUCCCCCCAUUAGCAGCACCCAGGGCAGCUUCCGUCUGCGGCGUGGCAGCCGCUUCACCUGGAGGAAAGAGUGUCUGGCGGUGAUGGAGAGUUAUUUCAAUGACAACCAGUACCCCGAUGAAGCCAAACGAGAGGAAAUUGCCAACGCCUGCAAUGCAGUUAUUCAGAAACCAGGGAAGAAGCUUUCAGAUCUUGAGAGGGUCACGUCUCUGAAAGUUUACAACUGGUUUGCCAACAGACGGAAGGAAAUUAAGAGAAGAGCCAACAUAGAAGCAGCAAUCCUGGAGAGUCAUGGGAUUGAUGUCCAAAGCCCGGGAGGUCAUUCCAACAGUGAUGAGAUCGAUGGAAAUGACUACGGUGAGCCAGUAGCUGCUGACCAUGUUUUGGGAAUGGAUGAUAACACAGGCCCAAAUGAACACCAGGACCCCAUAGCUUUGGCAGUGGAGAUGGCCGCUGUCAAUCACAGCAUCCUGGCACUGGCGAGGCAGGGCGGAGCCACCAGUGACAUCAAAACAGAGGUGCUGGACGACGAGUGAGAAACCGCCCUUUGACGUGGAGCAUGGAGGGAAGCCGAAGAAGAAAUGUGGGGUUACGCAAUUAAAGCCAAACAGAUUGUGCGAGAACUAUGAUUAUGAGGAAUAUGCCAAGGUCGUGGAUGACCAAAGUGAAUGCGGAGGUUAUAAAGACUGUUAACCCAACAUUCCCUCCUUCCACCUCUCUCCUACGUGUGAUGCCUCAAUAGUCUUUUAAUUAAAGCCGUUCUCCUACCCGCAGCAGCUUGAAGAGGCACUGCGAUUAAACUGUUAACGAAACACGUUCGCUAAAAACUUCAUGCGACAUAUCACCCUGCCAUCUCACACCAGGAUAGUGAAUUUUGCCUCUGUUUUUCCUUCUUUCAGGAAGUCUUCUUUGCAGGAUACAAGAGGAAGCUGCUUUCUGUGUGUAAUGCACAUCCUGGGAGUCACAAAUAAGCUUUUUUUAGACGUAUCAAAAUAGCUAUCAGAUGACAAACCUGUGAAAAGUAUCAGCUGCUUCAAAAGUUCUUUCAGAAUGUCUGAAAUACCAUUUCAACUCAUCAACAUACCUUUGUUCCAAUUGAGCGUAAGAUUUCAGUCGAUGAGAUCGCCACUAGCUAACAAGCAAGCUUGUAUUUAAAAAGUCAGGAGCAGCUGAGCGAGAUUUUUGAACAUGGGCUUCAGCCUUAAUGCAAGUAUUUAUAAGCACUUAAAUUACAGAAUGUGUAAAAUCUAUUGACUAGUCGUUUCUGUGAAAAUUAACUGUUGAUGACGCUGUUUAAGUUAACGUUAUGGUAAUAUUCCUGGAUACUAGGGAUGUAACGAUUCACUCAACACACGAUUCAUGAUAUUUUUUUUUUUUUUUUUACAAAAUGAGAUUUAAGACAAAUGUGUAAUUUUAUUAUUGCUUGGACAAAAUGCUGCACGUUUCUUUGUGAAAUUGAAAUUUAACACUAUGAUAAUAUACUUAUAUAGCACUGGCAUAUCAUUGCUCUUUUGUUGGUUUCGAUUGCUUCUAUUCUCAUUUCUAAGUCGCUUUGGAUAAAAGCGUCUGCUAAAUAACAACAUUUAAAUGUAAUGUAAAUGUCAAUAACGAAACAAAAGCCCCAAAUCCAAUAAAUAACACAAAUUAAAAGAAAUAUCUUCAUAUAAACAAAAUAAGGCUUAGUUUGUGCCCGUUCCAUUUGAAAUGAGAGGCAACCACUGCAUUUUAAUCAAGAUCCAUACAAAGAUGCUGCAAACAUGCAACAUGAGUAGUUUUUAAUCUUAAAUUAGAUUGUAUAAUUUGAAGCAAAAACAGAAUGGUUAGACUUCAGUUUUGUGAAACUAUACAUUACACUUGUCUGCAUGAAACAGAAACCGCAGACGCAGAUUCUCUUUCUGCCAGCAGGUGGCGCUUAAAGCGUUUCCUUGGUUUCCGCUGUAAACAAAGCAGCACUGCACUUAUGAACUUUAAUAUGCUUUACACAGAGGAAAGAUUAAAAUAAAAAAUACUAAGCUUUUCUAAAGACAGUAAGUUCCCCUUAGAAAUACAUUCAUAUAAACUGCUACCCCUAAUUGAAUCGUACUUUGUUUGUCAUCUCAACCGAUUUGAAUCGUUACAUAUUUAAAUACAUUUUCUACCAGCUCAUGGUAAAUCGUUACAUCCCUACUAAAUACAUUUAUUCCACAAAUCUACAUAAGCUUAACAUAAAUCUACCAAGUCUGUUUGCUAAAAUAUGUAUCGAAAGAAUAUCGUAUGUUAGGAGAGAAAAUUAAUUGGAAAUGAAAUUUCUCGCUUUAGAAAAUUCUGCUAAGCAGAUAAAUCCAUCAAAAGAGACAUUAUUUGUUUCUUUAGUUAUGACUUGUAAUUUGGUUGAAUGGUCAGUUCAAAUAUAUUAUUUGAGUAUCAAACACAAGUUGUUCUUUUAUAAGGGUGACCAGGGCUAGUUGACAUUUUUUACUUCAGUGAAUAUUUGACAGGAUGUGAUUAUUGUGGAAAGAUAGUUACGGUAUAUAGAGUAAAACUUUAGUCUCUAACAGUGCUGGCCAUAUUGGGAACCUGCUGUGUGUAACAGAUAUGAGAGAAAAAAAACAACAACAAAACACACACUCACACACAGAGAGAGAUAUAUAUAUAUAUGAGCAGCACUGCACUU